CUGACUUUCCAGUGGGGCCUUAGGGUCCGCUUUCCACUCUCUGGGGAGACGAGCAACGAUGAGGAAAAAAUAAUGAAUAUCAAAGGAAAAGUGAUUCUUUCUAUGCUGUUGGCUUCCACUGUACUGGUUGUGUUUUGGGAAUAUAUCAACAGCCCAGAAGGCUCUUUGUUGUGGAUCUACCACUCCAAAAACCUAGACAUUGAAGAGAGUCAUUCCCAGAAGAGCUGGUGGUUUCCAAAAUGGUUUAAUAAUGGGACCCACCAGGAGGAAGACACUAGUAAAGAACGGGAACAAAUCAGAGAAGAUGGUGAAUUGGACCUUCAGGACUGGUUUAAUCCAGAGAAGCGCCCCGAAGUGAUGACGAUCACCGAAUGGAAGGCGCCCAUUGUGUGGGAAGGCACUUUUGACAGAGACAUCUUGGACAGCUACUAUACCAGACAGAAAGUCACUGUGGGGUUGACGGUGUUUGCCAUCGGAAAGUACAUCGAGCAUUACUUGGAGGAAUUCUUGAUAUCUGCCAACCAGUACUUCAUGGUGGGCCACAGAGUCAUCUUCUACAUCAUGAUGGACGACGUCUCCCAAAUGCCUUUGAUCGAGCUGAGUCCCCUGCGCUCCUUCAAAAUCUUCCAAGUCAAGUCCGAGAAACGGUGGCAGGAUAUUAGCAUGAUGCGCAUGAAGACCAUCAGCGAUCACAUCAUUGCCCACAUCCAGCACGAGGUGGACUUCCUCUUCUGCAUGGAUGUUGACCAGGUCUUCCAAGACAAUUUUGGGCUGGAGACCCUGGGCCAGUCGGUGGCCCAGCUGCAGGCCUGGUGGUACAAGGCCGACCCGAUCAAUUUCACAUACGAAAGGAGGAAGGAGUCCGCGGCCUAUAUCCCCUACGACCAGGGAGAUUUUUAUUACCACGCAGCCAUCUUUGGGGGGACACCUCUGCAGGUCCUCAACAUCACCCAAGCGUGCUACCAGGGAAUCCUCCAGGACAAGAGAAAUGACAUUGAAGCCACGUGGCAUGACGAGAGCCACUUAAACAAGUAUUUCCUCCUCCACAAACCCACUAAGAUCUUAUCCCCGGAAUAUUGCUGGGAUUAUCAUAUAGGCCUGACUCCUGAUAUUAAACUGGUCAAGAUAUCUUGGCAGACCAAAGAAUAUAAUUUGGUUAGAAAUAACAUCUGACUUGAAAUUGUGCCGCAGUUCAAUUCAAUUUGAUUUCAAUACUCUGAAGUCGAGAGUAUUCUGGCUACUGAAUCAGAAAAGUCACAUCGUCUUAACUCCAAAGUACCAACAGGGCAAGUGCAACCUAUUUCUUCCUUGAGUACUAUAAUAUGGGACAGUGAAUUUGCAGUGAUCGGAGAUUAAUUUCCAGUGAUUUUUGUGGCGAUUCUGGGCUUGCAGGGGGAAAUGCAAUCAGCUGAACUAAAGACCAAUGAACACCGGAAAUAUGCGACAGAUGCCACCAGGCAAAUGGAUGCUACCACAGAUGUUUCACAAGAAAGUUUGAUUGUGGGUUCUGCUCUCACUGCUCUCACCAUCUUCCUGUCUUUGCUGAAUCUCAGGCAACAUAGAGUUGCUCUGCAGCAGAAGAACUGUCAAUGAG